ACCACCCCAACCAGAUAAUAGCGACGUCGUGUUGACCUGUUCCUUACUGUUUGAGGGAAACCGUUGAUGUGCAUCUAAUCUUCAAACCUGCUAGCAUCAUAUUUCAUCUUGUGCCAAUGAGCCUUGUUGACAUACACUCCAUAGUACGCUCAACAUCGUCAUUGUGUUAUCUUGCAUUUUCGCCUACCCUGUGUGCUUAGACACCGUUCCGGUUUCAAAACGCAACACCACACAACAGCUCCGAGCUCUGAUCACGAAGGUGAUCGCGAUAAACAACGUGGUAACGACCCAGGACGGCCCAAGCACACCGCUCUUCCUGAUCAUUACUUUACAGGCCAUCAGGUGUUUUCUCAUCGACCAACACUAAGAAUGAAUAUGGACUGGAUUCUCGACAGCGGCUACCUGCCCCAUGCUGUCAUCAGAAUAGGCAUUCGGCGGCAGCUUCAGGAGCGCCUUGUCUCCAUCGCGAGCACGUCUCUCAGCCUUGAUUACGAGCGCAAGAUGACCUUUAUUGAGAAAUUGCGCACCCAACCUAUCGCCAUCGAGACCGCCGCAGCUAAUAAGCAACACUACGAGGUUGGAACCGGCGUUCUCGCCGCCUGCCUGGGUCCCCGCAUGAAGUACUCGUGCUGUCUUUAUCCCAAGGGCGGCGAGACCCUGGCCCAGGCUGAGGUGGCUAUGCUGCAGACCUAUGUCGAAAAGGGCGGGUUGGAAGACGGCAUGAGCAUUCUGGACCUUGGCUGCGGUUGGGGAUCAGGUGCACUCUACUUCGCCGAGGUACUGCCCAACUCCAAGGUCACGGCCUUUUCCAACUCCAAGACGCAAAAGGAGUACAUCGACGCCAAGGCCAAGGAGAAGGGGCUGACGAACCUCACUAUUAUCACGGGCAACGUAGUCGACUAUGAGUUCGAGCGACAGUCGUUUGACCGAGUCGUUUCCAUCGAGCUGUUCGAGCACAUGAAGAACUAUGAGCUGCUCAUGGCCAAGGUCGGGCGGGCUCUGAAACCCGGUGGCAAGCUGUUUGUUCACAUAUUUGCCCACAAAACCACGCCGUAUGACUACGAGGAGGGCUGGAUGACGACGCACUUCUUCACAGGAGGUACUAUGCCAUCCACCGACCUGCUUCUCUUCUUCCAACAGGACCUCAAGAUCCAAAAGCAAUGGUGGGUUAACGGACAGCACUACUCCAAGACAUGCGAGGACUGGCUGAGCGAGAUGCUCUCACACAAGAAGGAGAUUUGGCCGCACCUGAUUGAGACGUACGGGGAACAGGAUGCCAGUGUGUGGUACAACCGGUGGCAGAUCUUCUACAUGGCAUGCUCCGAGCUUUUCGCAUACCAGGGUGGUGACACCUGGGGCGUGGCGCACUAUCUCUUCGAGAAGCCCAGCAACUGAGCAGACGAACGUAGAAUGGAGCAAGUAAUGGUUUGCGCCCGUUGUGGAUUUAGUGUGUACCUGUAAUAGAACAGCAAUUCCUUCCUCCCC